CGCACACUGUGAUCUAGAAAACAACUAUUUAAUGUAUAAUGAUAAGUGAACCAAUUCUUUUAAAGACGAUGAGUGUAUUAGUGUUAAUAUAUUGUGUCGUAUGAAUGCGCGAGUGAAUUGCACCAGUACGCAGUAAUUAGGACAGUUCCUCGCGCGAUAUAUAUAAGAGAGAAAUUUUACUAUACGUGACACUUUUGAUUAUCGACCUGUUUUAUACAAAAUGAAUAACUAUUCAUUUUGUCUUGUGGUUUUUCUGCUUUUUUUAAAUAUUAUAAGAGGACAAAAAAAUCCCCACUAUAAAGAUGAUCGCACGACAAUGGUGCAUUUAUUCGAAUGGAAAUUUGAUGAUAUUGCCAAAGAAUGUGAACGUUUUCUUGGUCCAGCUGGUUACGCAGCUGUUCAGGUGUCGCCAAUAAAUGAAAAUAUGAUACUGGCAAAGAGGCCUUGGUUCGAGCGGUACCAGCCGAUUUCUUAUAAAAUUGAAACAAGAUCGGGCAAUGAGGCGGGAUUCAAGGACAUGGUGAGGAGAUGUAACGCGGUUGGAGUUCGAAUCUUUGUAGACGUGGUCGUUAACCAUAUGACAACCGAUCAGUCACCUGCUAUUGGUACAGGUGGUACCAGAGCUCGGCCCCAUCGUCGAGAAUAUCCCGCUGUUCCAUUUGGUCCCCAGGAUUUCCACCAACAAUGUACAAUUGCAAAUUACAAAAAUGCAACCGAAGUCAGAGUCUGUGAAUUAUCUGGACUUCACGAUCUUAAUCAGACUCGCGAAAAUGUCAGAGAGGCUAUUGUCCAUUUUUUGGACAGGUGUGUCGAUGCAGGUGUUGCUGGUUUUCGAUUUGACGCGGCGAAACACAUGUAUCCAAAUGAUCUUAAAGUGAUUUAUGGUAGGAUAAAAAAUUUGAAUACAAAACACGGCUACCCGGCCAAGAGUCGUCCGUUCAUUUAUCAGGAGGUAAUUGAUCUGGGCGGUGAGGCUGUGUCAAAAUUCGAGUACAAUGGCUUUGGAACAGUGAUUGAAUUCGCAUUUGGCAUCAUAUUGGGUAUGAUGUUUCGAAACGAAAAGGAAUUGAAGGAUUUAGAAAAUUGGGGCCAACCUGGCGCUUGGGGUCUGUUGCCGUCGUCCGACGCCGUUGUCAUGAUUGAUAAUCAUGAUAAUCAACGUGGUCACGGCGCUGGUGGUGCAUCGAUUCUUAAUUACAAAUUGCCAAGGCAAUACAAGAUGGCACAGGCUUUUAUGUUGGCCCAUCCUUAUGGAGAUGCGAGAGUAAUGAGUUCCUUUGAAUUCACCGAUCCAAAUGCUGGACCGCCUGCAGAUGAAAAUGGAAAUUUGGAAUCGCCAAUUAUUAAUGUGACAGGAAAUGCUUGUGACAAUGGAUGGGUGUGCGAGCAUCGUUGGCCAGAAAUUCGUAAUAUGGUGAAAUUUCGUAAUAUUGCGAAGGGCGCUAAACUUACCAAAUGGUGGAGCAAUGGCAAAGAUCAAAUUGCAUUUGCCCGCGAACGUCGUGGCUUCAUUGUUUUCAAUAAUCAAAAGAAUCUCGAUCUGAAGCAACGUCUCAAUACUGGUUUACCAGCCGGUCGAUAUUGCGAUAUUAUCUCAGGAAAUAUGAAUUUUGGAAAUCGAUGUUCUGUAAAGACUAUUGACGUUGAUAAAAAGGGUUUUGCUGAUUUUGAGAUUCCUCAUAUGGCGCAUAAUGGAGUUAUUGCCAUUCAUAUUAAAGCAAGAUUAUAAUAAAACUGCUUUCAAAUUCAUCAACUGGAAAAAUUUGAAGUAAAAUUUAAUUGUAUUGGUAUAAAUUAAUUAUUUCUAUUAUAUACGUAUUAAUUAUAAAAAAAUUAAUUCCAAUUCUAAUAAACAAAUUGAUACUAUUGAAAUUAAAUGAUGUCUAAUUGAAGUCUGUAUACUAUUUAUAUUAUUAGUAUUAUUACCGCAAUCUAUUAUCG